AUGGCGGGCCGUCGGCGUUGCGCGAUGCGGGCAGGAGGGACAACACUUACGAAUGGUUCAGUUGUCGCCAGCAACAGCUGGACCACUCGAUCAAAGGGAAAGAAUAUGCCUGUCACAGCAGCAACCUUGACACUUUCUUCCCGACAAUCGCUGAUCAAUGUUACCGGAGACGGCACGGUGGUGGAGCGCAAUUGGGGCAAAGGUGGAAGGGUCUCACGGACUCGGGAACGCGUGGGAAAACAAAAGGGUUGGAACGCUAUCAGCCACCAGGACAAAACCGCAGUACACGGGAAGAAUUGUUGA